UUGUGAUGAUCUGAGGGUUGCAAGCAGGCCAGUGCCGCUCCACACAACCAGUAAGAGGCCACGCGUGGACCCUGUCCUCACUGAUGGCUCAGCUACCGAAAUGUCUGACAGGGGCUCCGUCUUGGCUUCACUGUCUCCCUUCAGAAAAGCCAGGGUGAGCUACCCCUCUAGUCUUGGACCAAAGGAACGACAGACAGGGGCUGCGGCCGACCUCCCUCAGCCUGCAGUCAGGCACCAGGGCCCGGGGCCUCUCCUCGUUGUGAAGCCGACACACAGUAGCCCGGAGGGUGGCUGCCGAGAAGUUCCCCAGGCUGCCUCGCAAACCCACGGCCUGCUCCAGGCCAUCAGCCCCCAGGCACAAGACAGACGUCCCGCGCUGACCUCACAGCCCUGCCCACCAGCCGCCACACGCAGCUUGGGCCUAGGCUCCAAUCUCAGCUUCAGGCCAGGAGCCAAGAGACCUGCCCAGGCUCCGAUUCAGGCUUGCCUGAACUUCCCCAAGAUACCGAGACUGGGUCCCUUCCAGAUCCCCGAAGACGCCAUCCAGGGAGGUGAGCUGGGGGCCCCGGACACUCUUUAACCUCC